AGCAUAUAAAUGGCUUGGGGUUUUGUGACUUGCGGUCCCAAUGAGGCCCUUGUGGUUUCAGGAUGUUGUUAUAUGAAACCAUUGUUGGUGCCCGGAGGACGUGCCUUUGUAUGGCCAACUAUCCAACAAGUUCAAAGAAUAUCUCUAAACACCAUGACUUUACAAGUUGAAAGUCCCUGUGUCUAUACCAGUCAAGGUGUACCAAUAUCUGUUACGGGAAUUGCCCAAGUAAAAAUUCAAGGACAAAACGAAGAUAUGUUGCUGACGGCUUGUGAACAAUUUUUGGGUAAACCAGAAUCGGAAAUACGUCACAUUGCUUUGGUUACCCUCGAGGGACAUCAACGUGCCAUUAUGGGUUCCAUGACUGUUGAAGAGAUUUACAAGGAUCGCAAGAAGUUCAGCAAACAAGUCUUUGAAGUGGCUUCAUCGGAUUUGGCCAAUAUGGGAAUUUCAGUGGUUUCCUAUACCAUCAAAGAUAUACGCGAUGAAGAGGGCUAUUUGAAAUCUUUGGGUAUGGCUCGUACCGCCGAAGUUAAACGCGAUGCACGUAUUGGUGAAGCUGAGGCACGCUGCGAUGCACAAAUCAAGGAGGCCAUUGCCGAGGAACAACGUAUGGCUUCACGUUUUCUCAACGACACCGAAAUCGCUAAGGCACAACGUGAUUUUGAAAUUAAAAAAGCCGCAUACGACGUUGAAGUACAAACGAAAAAAGCUGAAGCUGAAAUGGCCUAUGAAUUGCAAGCGGCUAAGACCAAACAACGCAUCAAGGAAGAACAAAUGCAAGUUAAGGUAAUUGAACGCACCCAAGAGAUUGCUGUACAACAGCAGGAGAUACAAAGACGUGAACGGGAAUUGGAGGCAACAAUACGUCGUCCAGCUGAGGCUGAGAAAUAUCGUUUGGAAAAAAUUGCCGAGGCCAAUAAGAUGCGUAUCGUUAUGGAAGCUGAGGCCGAAGCUGAAUCGAUCAAAAUUCGCGGUGAAGCCGAGGCAUUUGCCAUUGCCGUCAAGGCCAAGGCUGAGGCCGAACAAAUGAGCCAAAAGGCUGAGGCAUGGCGUGAAUAUCGUGAAGCAGCCAUGGUUGAAAUGUUAUUAGACACAUUACCCAAGGUGGCCGCUGAAGUUGCUGCUCCACUGUCACAGGCCAAGAAAAUCACCAUGGUAUCAUCCGGACAGGGUGAAAUUGGUGCUGCCAAGCUAACUGGCGAAGUUUUACAAAUUGUCAAUAAAGUACCAGAAUUGGUUAAGAAUAUAACCGGUGUCGAUAUUGCUCGGUCUGUGCAUGCUGCUUAAAAAGAAAAGUAAAACUUUGAUUAGAAACAGUCAGUCA